GUCUCAAGUCAUCGUGUGUCACGCUUGCCUGAACCGCUCUCCCACUUGUUCGGUCGCUGGUCGAGUCUCAACUCCCAACUUACAGGCUAAUCAUGAGUGUAACUUUAUUCGAAAACUUAAGGAAAAGUAGAUGUAGGUGUCCUGUUUACCAGGGAAAAUGUGAAAACUGAAGUCAGAAAGUGGUACUUCGCCGCGCAGCGAGCGCAACUCACUGAAGAGGAGGCAGGUGUAGCUUUCUCGAGAUAUGCCGCUUGACAUGGCCAAAGCCGAUGGUUUACUUUGCAGAAGCAACGUAAAACUGGACUCAUUUCUGAAGAGAAACACCGAGCGCGAUGUUUACGAGCGGAUUCGUGCCUAUGAACCUUGCGUUGUAGUCUCAGAAUCCAUCAACAAGGUGUUUAUGCACGUAGUGUUGAGCGAUGACAGCAUCUACCUGACGGAGUAUCCCCCGCGCACCGUCCAACAGGCCGUCUGUUUCAGAGACAUUACUGACGUUGAGUUGGUAAAUGACUUUCCAGACUUCCUCAGUGGCCGGGAACGGGAGCGCUCGCAGCACAUCCGUGUCGUCUUCACAACCACAAAGCAUGCUGGGAAGAAGGGCCUCAGGCUCAGGGGACGGAGGGCGACCAAUCCAGAGUCUGCCAGAGCUCCAUCUCAAAAACAGCAAUGGACUCUCUCCCCCUCUAUGGAAGGAAUAGGUGGUGUGCUCUUGUCCACUCUCUCUGCUCCUCCUGAGACUACAGACUGGAGAGACUCUUCAUCCAGGCAUGGUGAACAGGACAUAAACGAUGACCGCUCUCACUCCCUGAGGAAGCUGCGCUCGGCCUCCUGCCCCAACCCUAACACCCUGGGGCUUCCUCUGCUGUCCCGGCCGUCCUCGACCGACCCCCACUCCAUCCCCUCCCGCUCCGCCACCUCCUCCUGCACCUCCUCCCCUCUCCCCCCUCCUCACUUCUCCAGCCAGGGGAGGUCCAGGGGGUGGCGCGGCCCAGCUGGGGUGCCUCCUGAUCGGGCACUGGCGCCGCCGGGGCGGAGGGCUUCACUGCUGGGCAGGCUGCUGAAGAGCUCGCUGAUGAUGGUGAAGAGGGAGAGAGAAGAAGAGGAAGAGGAGGAGGAAGGGGGGGCGGAGGGGGAGAGGGAGGCGGAGCUGCACCUGUACGCGGUGUCGCUCACGUCACGCAUCUACCUCCACCUGCAGAGCUCCUGGAACAGCUAUAUUAUUAGAUCUACACUGAUGUUGGAUCCAUUAUACAAGCGGAGGUGUAGCAUGUCUUCCUCAUCACUUCAAAAAUAUAACAAGAUAGGCUGGGAGCGCACGGCCCACCUGUUCCAUCAGCUGAGUGGGGAGAUCCUGAAGGAGAACCUCAGUCUGGAGAGUCUCUACGUCCUGCUGCAGGAACUCAACACAGCCGCUCACCGCAGCGUCACCAUCAAGAAGCUCUUCUGGAGGUCAAGUGACUUGUGUCCCUUUCUGGUGAAAACACUGGCCCACUUCCUGCACGAGACUGACCCUGGAGUCACCACCACGGACAGACUGCUGUUGUGCACUCUCAUUGUCCAGACCCUCAGUCUCAUGUUCAGGGAGAUGGAGGUGGAGCCAGCCAGACUCAGCAUGCUGACAGCCAAUCAGGGGGCGCUAACGGCGAGGCUACUGCUAGCCCUGAUGUGUGAGCCGGACCCUCAGGCCUCGGACUCAGCGGAGAUGGAGCACAGCACAAACAAACGCACAGAGAUGCAGAUCUUGCAGGCUGAGUAUCUCGCUGUGGCUGCUGCUCUGCUCUUUGAGAUCAUAGUGCUUUGUCAAGAGGCUAGCCGUACACCAAGCAUGGAACACUUCCUGACUGUUGGCUGGGUGUUGAAAACUCUAAAGCCUCAGCCUUCCACUGUCCACUUUGUGGGCUACCAGACGCAUCAGGUGGUUCUGGCUCUGUCCAGUUCCCAGGCCACUCUGAGCCCGUCCCAGGCGGUUCUGCUCUACCAGCGCUGCCGGGUGCUCGUGGCCUGCCUUCAGUACAGCCGCAUCCUGAGCGAGUUUAUCAGGUCCGAGUUCAGAGAGGAGUUCAGGUACUAUGUAAAAGCAUCAGGGUUUGUGGAGAAGUUGCCUCCCCACUACCCCAUCAGUCUACCAGCCCAGCGCCUUCUCUCACAGCUCCACUCAUUGGUGCUUCGACAGCCCUAAACUGAGCCCUGAUUGGCUCAGCACCCACCUCAACACCACUGCUAUUGGCUAACUGACUCCGGCCUAUAGGUCACAAGCCACACACCUCUUGUCUUUCAUUCCAGGAAUUCAGUGCAUUCCAGUGUCACACAGUGACUAUGACAGUCUGCUAGCAGUGUGUGAGUUUGUGUUCCACGUCCCACCUGAAGAACACACAUGUGCACAUGUAGUGAAAGACGUCUGCUUGGACUAUUGAACGGAUAAAGAAUGUGCUGAAAUAAUCACACACACACACACACACACACACACACACACACACACACACACACACACACACACACACACACACACAUACAUACACACACACACACAGGCGUACAAAUAAAAUCAUAGAAGGACUCUCCAGACAUGUGCAGCAAGUGGUUUGCACAUUCAUUGACCACAGAUCUUUUGUUUGUAUGUUUACAUUAUAUGCUUGUGAAUGUAAAUUAAUGUCUAUGCAGGACUUACUCUUAUUACAGUAACAUCAAAGUGUCUUCAUUUGAGUGAAUUUAGGCAUGUCUAUCUCGUAAAGGUUAAAGUUUGGUGUCUUACUAAGUCGAAGAGCCCAUGCCUGUCCCCCAUUUGAUUCCACAGCUGUGUUUGCGUGUGUGUGUGUGUGUGAAAGAGAGAGAGUGUGUGUUUAUAUGUGUGUGUACACAAAGAAAAUGUAUUUUUGUACUUGGGUUGUGUUGAUGGAAUCUAUUCUCUGAGAGAUUAUGCAGAGAUAAAUGUUCAGGGGAUGAGUGAAAUUCAUGAAAUCUAUGUUGCACGUAAUCUAUGUGUGGUUUUCAUGUAAUUUAGUAAGUUAUACUUUUUCAAUAAUACUGUCGUUUAUUAAGGGUAUAAACUACAGUCAGCAGUGCUAAUUAAAAAUUAUUCAGAUGGUU